AUGUCUGUAGUUGAGGCUUAUAGGCUGAUUGGAGAUAAAGUGCCAUUGACUUUGAAGAAGAACAAUGACACAGGAUAUUUCCUGCUGAAACCGUUUCUACCCCUGUUGCAACAGUUUCAUAGUUCAGAGGGAGUAUUGGAAUUAGAUUACUUAAAUUUCUCUCAUGAGGAAUUGAGUGUAGAACAAGAGGAUGCGUUGUUGUCGCGAUUUGGGAUCCUGGUUGAUACCAAUGAUGCAGGCGAAAAAUGGAUUACUGGUGAUAAAGCUUUAGAACUAUUGCAAAUGCUCAAUCUACUCCAUCUGUUUCAAGAUGAAUUUGAUUUUAAUCACAAGAUUGAGGAAAUCGACACUUCUCAGUUGAACGGGCAUGCAGAGGUGCAGAAAUCGGAUAUUCACAACGGUCAGCAUAACAUGGAAUCUUCCGACAAGGAAAGCAACAACGAAAACUCCGUUAGUAAGAAUAAAUCCAUCAAGAGAGUCAGUAAAGAAAGUUCACAAAAAGAGUUGGGAUCUCCACUUAAGAAACUACGGCUACAAAACGAGUCCAGUGAAGUCCAGCAGGAUCAUAAAAAACUGAUCCCUGAUGAGAAUUCCCUUGAAAGGCCCAUCUUUAUGUUCAGUCAUGAUAUGGAGGACAUAUCGGCACCUUUGCAAAUUCGAAGAGCUCAAGCCACACCAUUCGCAUCUGACAAUAAUCAGAGGAUGAAGUUGGAAACUUUUUUACAAAGACUCUUAUUUCCUGCCUUUCAAGAUGUAGCAUCAUCAUCGUCGCCGAGCUCUGCCCAGGCAGUACCUUUCGAUACUCUGCUGCACGAAGUUGACAUGGCUUACCCCCAUACCGAACUGAAUAUAAAUAUUCCAGUCGAUGAAAGGGGAAACACUCCACUUCACUGGCUGGCGUCUAUCGCGAACUUGAAUUUGGUGAAAAAACUGGUUGAGCAUGGUUCCAAUAGGCUUCUUGGCGAUAACAUUGGUGAAUCCGCUCUUGUCAAGGCGGUGAAAUCUGUGAACAACUAUGAUUCAGGAACCUUUGAAGAGUUGUUGGACUACUUAUAUCCAUGCCUUAUCUUGGAAGACUCGAUGAACAGGACCAUUCUCCAUCAUAUUGUGAUAACUUCCGGAAUGGCAGGGUGCGCAGCAGCAGCGAAAUACUACCUCGAUAUUCUCAUGGGCUGGAUUGUUAAAAAACAGUCAAGAACUAUCAAGGGAGAAGAACAUGAUGCGAUAAUAGAUUCUCUAGAUUUGAAGUGGGUUAUAGCUAACAUGCUGAACGCCACAGAUUCAAAUGGUGAUACUUGCCUGAAUAUAGCUUCUAGACUGGGGAAUGUGGCAAUAGUGGAUGCCCUACUAGAUUAUGGUGCAGAUCCAUAUGUGGCAAAUAAAUCGGGACUGAGACCUGUUGAUUUUGGUGCUGGCACGACAAAGUUACACUCUAAUGGAAUUUCAGGCGUGGAUGCUGAGAAUUCCCUCAGCUUUCUCCCCUCGCAAGAUCACUCGGGCACAAACUUGCCUGACACAAUGUCACUAAUAAACAGUAUGCAGUCACUUUUAUCCACAGUGUCUCAAGACUACAACACAGAAAUAAAGGAGCAUCAGGAAAAGCUUAACAAAUUGCAUAAAGAAUUGAAUUCUCAUCGUGAACUGCUGGCGGCGUCUCGCGAUCGUCUGGCGCAUGCUAAACAGUUACAAGACGAGCAUACCCUGCUUAAGGAACAGCUGGGCAACAUCAAGCAAGGAAUAGUCGAGGAGGAAGAAAGAUUUCAAAAAGCAAGUAAAGAACUGGGAAUAACAUCAGAAGAUGCCGCUGGAGCCGACUGGGAUUCUAACGAAUUUGAUGCUGAUGAACCUUUUCGGGUUGAAUUUAUUUACAACUUACUGGAGAGUAAACUAUCAACCGAGUACAACGGCGAUAUUGAUAAACUCUUAGCGGCAGAAUCCCCAGAAAGCAUUCUGGAUGAUGUACGAUCCAAAUUCUCCACUCAAAAUGAUAAUGGUAAGUUGGAUUCGCUGCUGCCGCCUACAGUACUGUUAAAGGCGAGGAUACAUGCUUACGAAAGAAAUGAAAAGCAGCUAGACACAACAUUACAAGAGAUUAAGCAAAAACAAAAGGAUCUCGAGGGCAAAUUUAGAAGGGUGUUAUGCCUAUGUUUGAAGAUCGACGAGGAUAAAGUGGAUGAUAUGCUUGAUGGACUAUUACAGGCAAUCUCUUCAGAAGAUCCACAGGAUGUAGAUACCGAUGAAAUGCAAGACUUCUUGAAGAAGCACAAUGUAUAA